UCUCGUACAGUGACGCUGUUCUAGACCCGCGACUUCUUGUUGUGACAAUCGAGGUCUGCGGUGAUAGACGGAAGCGACGACAACGCGUUCUAUUUCUCUUAGUCGUCUCAACCCUUCACUCCCGUCGUUUCUACACCACCAUAUCCCUACCGCAAAAACAUAUUAUUCCUCGUCGUCGAGACGGUCUUGUACCUGGGCGCGGGCGUCUCCUUCACUUCCUGCACAUAUCGCAGCAAGAUAAUACCGUGCGAUCAUCGACGCGGUUGAUCUCGACCGACAGCUGCCUAGGGUUGCGCUGUCCCCUCAUUCCCUACCUUUCCUGUAUUCUUCACCAUGUCUCAUUCAGAGAAACCAGUCGUCGGUGCGCGCGUUAUCCGGAGUACAAACGAGACCAACAAUGGCGAGGACACAAUCGCCAUUCCUCCAGUCGCGCAGACAUUACCUCCCGCCAAUACACACAGCCCCAACUCUGAAUCAGCCGAUGAGAUGCCCGAUUUCGACCCGAGGGUCGGAGCAAAACCGUACUCUCCCUUCUACAGCCAUGCGGACACGAAGCCUUCAGAAGAGCACCUCAAGGCUGAUGUGAAGAUCAUCAGCCGUGAAUAUUCCUCGCAGGACCUUGAGAGCGGUGGGCGUUCUGCUUAUAAACAGUCCGUGGAUCUCAACCGAGCGUCCAAGAUAUGGGCUAAAGAAGACAAGAGACAUUGCGGUUGGUUUGACGCCAUGACUAAGGAGCAGAGAUUGGCUGUCAAGGUGUUCCUAGCAUUGCUGAUCGUGGGGGGCAUGAUUGGUAUUGCAGUUGGCAUAACCGCAGCUGUUGGCGGAGGCGUGUGGAGGUCAAACCACAGACAGGCUGCAAUUGGUAGCCACACAUGAACAUAAACGAUGCUUCGUA